GUCUGUCUAGUCAGUCUAGUCAAAAAUAGAUCUAACUGCCUGCUGUGAAAACUAUAUUCCCCGCCUGGCUCCUUAAUUCAGAGCUUCGGUCGCUACAGUGCUUAGUCGAUAUCUUUUAAACAUGAAAUCUGCCACAGCAGACAGCUUUCGGCAUUUGUGCACGGAGAGCGAUUUUCUUAAACGGAGGCAACAACAAGUGAGCUAGCUUGCUGGUUCGCCGCUAACAUUCGUUGGUGCUCGCUCGUCGUCCUGUGCUCCUAGUUACUGUAUUGUCACAUACAUUAGCAUAACGGCAGGCUCGCAGACAGGUGAACAGAAACGGCUAAAAGCGGAGCUGCUCGGUGGCUAGCAAGCAAAGGCGCCGUUUUCCGUGGUGAAAAAGACACCAGUCUCGGUUGUAUAAGCUAAAACCAGAGUUGUUUUUUUUAAUCAUGGCCAUGGCCGGUAGUUUCCUAAACACGCAAGUUAAAUUUCAGUUUGGCAUUCAGGAUGAGGCAUCUCCCGCGGCGCUGACAGACCUGUGCCUGACCUAUGUGAACCAAAAUCUGGAGUUAUUCUGUGUGAAGCGCCCUGAUGGCUCCCUGUGCUUCAGAGAGGCUGUAAUCUUCCCACAGGAGCUAGCAGACCAGCUGCUGGCGAAGAUGGCCACUGAAGGUCUGUUGAAUGACAGCACAGUGGGUGUAUUUCGGAACUGUGAAUACCUGCGGCUGAGACGAGCCUGCAUCCGCACAGCACGCAUCUCUGCAGAGGCCUUCCAGAAAGCCCUCUGCGCUCACAGACUGUUGGAGCUGGAUGCUGCCAGGGUCAAUGCAGACCUCACUAUUCCUGAUAUUCUGCAGGGGCUGGCCACCAAUAAAUACUGUCAGGAGUCCCUCCAGCGACUUGUCUUAACAGGUCUCACCAUGUCCUCUCUAGAGGAACCAAGCCGGUAUCGCUUCGUCUCCCUCCAGGGCCUCCGCUCCCUCUCUCUAGCCAAUGUAGACUUCUAUGACUCUGGACUUGUCGAUGUGUGUUCCCUGCCUCGGCUGGAGAGCCUCGACCUCUCCAACACUUCAGUUACCAACCUGAGCCCACUGCUGGGCCUGAAGGAGCGGCUGCGCUCACUAACACUGCACCAACUGAAAAGGCUGGAGAUGAGCACUGCUCAGCUGCUGGGAGUCAUAGGCCAGUUGGAUGUAUUGCAGCACCUGGACAUCAGUGAUGAUAAGCAGUUUACCUCUGACGUGGCUCGUCAACUGCUUGGACAGCCAGGGAUCCUGCCCGCUCUUGUUUCGCUGGAUGUGUCGGGGAGGAAACAGGUGACAGAUGCAGCUGUUAAGGCAUUUGUUGAGGAAAGACCAGGGAUGACGUUUGUGGGACUUCUGGCCACAGAUGCUGGAUUUUCUGACUUCCUGUCUGGAGAAAGAAAUCUAAAGGUAACGGGAGAAGCCAAUGAGACCCAGAUCUGUGAGGCCCUGCGUCGCUACAGUGAGAGGGAAGGUUUUGUGAGAGAAGCUCUGUUUCAUCUGUUCAGCCUGACCCACGUCAUGGAGAAACCCAGGCCUGACAUCCUUAAGCUGGUAGUUUUGGGUAUGAAGAAUCACCCUGCCACUCUGAAUGUCCAGCUGGCAGCCAGUGCCUGUGUGUUCAACCUGACGAAGCAGGACCUGGCAGCAGGAAUGCCAGUGCGACUGUUGAGUACCGUCACUCAGCUUCUACUGGAGGCCAUGAGGACAUUCCCCAACCACCAACAGCUGCAGAAGAAUUGCCUGCUGUCUCUGUGCAGUGAUCGCAUUUUGCAGGAGGUUCCAUUCAACAGGUUUGAAGCUGCCAAACUAGUGAUGCAGUGGCUCUGCAACCAUGAAGACCAGAACAUGCAGAGGAUGGCUGUGGCUAUCAUUUCCAUACUGGCUGCUAAGUUGUCUACAGAACAGACUGCACAGCUGGGAGCAGAGCUGUUCAUAGUGAAGCAACUGCUCCACAUAGUGCGUCAGAAGGCUACUCAGGGCAUGGUGGACGCCACCCUCAAAUUUACACUGAGUGCACUCUGGAACCUCACUGAUGAAUCACCAACAACCUGCCGCCAUUUUAUUGAGAACCAGGGCCUGGACCUGUUUAUUAAAGUUCUAGAGUCCUUCCCCAAUGAGUCUUCUAUUCAGCAGAAGGUUCUCGGUCUGCUGAACAACAUAGCAGAGGUUGGGGAGCUGCAUGGAGAGCUGAUGGUGCAGGGGUUCUUGGACCACAUAAGCACUCUGCUGCACAGCCCAGAGGUGGAGGUCAGCUACUUCGCCGCAGGCAUCCUUGCACAUCUGACGUCACGAGGAGAGGAAGCCUGGACGCUCAGCCCUGACCUUCGAUCCUCACUGCUGGAGCAACUACAUGCUGUCAUUAUGAAGUGGCCCCCUCCUGAGUGUGAAAUGGUGGCCUACAGGUCAUUUAACCCCUUCUUUCCCCUACUGGAGUGCUUUCACACCCCCGGUGUCCAGCUGUGGGCGGCCUGGGCCAUGCAGCAUGUCUGCAGCAAGAACGCUGCUCGCUACUGCAGCAUGCUGUUGGAGGAGGGCGGCCUGCAGCAGCUGGAGCAGGUUCAUACACACCCACAGACCCACAGAGAUGUCAAACUGUUGGCUACAAGCAUUCUGGAGAGCCUGCAGCACCACAGAGCCCGUACCGGCCAGCCUGCACCAACACAGACAAGUCGCCGACUGCUGCCACAAUAACUUUACAGAGUAAAUAUGAAGCUCCCUGACCACAAGAAGGACGUAAGCUGUGCGUGUGUGUAUACGUACCCCACACACAAACAUACUUUGUCAAGAAUCCCUAGAAAGUAAACAUUAAAGGACAAAGACUACGCAAUUCUUUGCACACACACUAACUUUAUUUAUUUUCUUUGUGUUUGUUUCAAAACAAAAAUAUUUCUGUGUGCUAAUAUCGUGAUAAAAAAUUUAAUUAUGAGAACUGUUGGUCAGUUAAGCUCAAAUCUCAACGUGAGGUUUGUGUCUGUGCUCGCUCGUGUUCGUGCCAAAAACGUGCACACACACAACUCUCAAGUUUGGGAUUGAACCCCCAAAAGCUCAGCUCCUGUAUGUUACUGAGGGCUCUGGUUGUCGGAAUUGGUUGAUUAGCUCAUUAGAUAUAUGCAUGACGCUGCUGAGAGCUCAAGCAUGCUGGAGUUUGUCUGAAUGCUUGUACUAUUCAUUUUAGGAAUGCCUGCUUGUUUGUUUAUAGCGGUGUUCUGUUCACUGAAACCUGCGCCUCUGGGUCCGCAGUACUGCUGUUGCUCUCCUCUUCAUUUAGUCUUUUAUCAGCUAAUGCCUUUGAUUUGAUGUGACAGGACACUUGCCUAGGGUGUGUUCAGUUGGUUCAAAUGUUCUGAACAUUAAAGAUGAAAACCUAAAUUAUAGAGAAGUUAUAUCUCUUUGAGAAGAGAUAUUUUCUUGCAUUUUCUUUUCUGAACAUUUGGCAGCCCAGUCAUAUCAGUGGCAAAACCAGCAGUGCUGUAAAUCAUAAGAUUCACAUGAUAACCCUACAAAGAAUAACCCUACAAAUGUUCUAAGAAUGCCACACACGUAAUAUUAAUAUGACACAACAUAUACCUUGGCAGCCAGCAUUAAAAUGAUAGCCACAGCCAUCCUCUGCAUGUUCUGGUCUUCAUGAUUGCAGAGCCACUGUGUCACAUACUAAAUACCAAUUAUGUCUGAUAAAGUGCCAUGUCAUCAAUGUCAUCUCUGGACACAAAUGGCAAUAAUGAUGUGGUCAGUAUAGUCAUGAUGGAUGUACAUGUGUAUGGAGUCACAGCUGUUUUCUCUUUGAGAAACUUGUGUAUAUAUUGGUAUGUUCGCUGUGCUUCCCAAUGCGUCAGUGUGUCUUACAGACAGAGACAGCACUUCAGCGUGAGCAUGUGUGUAUGUACAUCUGUAAGUAGCUGCAUCUUAAAGAGUGUAUGUAAUUUGUACAUAAUAGAAAAUGAGAGAGAAAUAGUAACUGUUUGUUCGGGACUGGUUGAAUUGGUUGCACGGAAAUUAGUAUACUGUAUGUUCCAUUGUUUGUUUAUCUGAUUAAGAACAAAGGUUGCUGUUAUCGGAAAUAUUCAAGGGUAUUUUUCUGUUCUGAAACGACUGGCUGUGUGACAUUAGUAUCCUCCAGGAUGCCGUUUUACCAGGUACGCUUCUGCUGUCCAGAGAAGCCUCCAUUUGCUGUAACAGCUGACCCUGACGCCAACAUUCUCCUUUUUCAUCUGAGGUCUUGAUUCUCAUUAAGGCUCCAUCAUCAUUCUCUAUGCAAUCAAAGCUAAUGUUGUUUCUACAAACUGCUGUCAAACCCCUGAUACAACCGUGAUGAGUCUUAAAAAACAUUUUUGAGGCAAAGUGGAUUUUGGCUUCUGCAGGAAUAACAGGUCACAAAACUUGUAUAAAUAACUUGUAUGUUAAUGGAAAUAAAUAAUCUGUUGGGCUACUGAAUGGUACUCUAAAACAGCUGCCAAGCAAAACAUACAUCACCUCAUCUGCUCAGUGAAUUAUGGCCUUAUUGUUUUCUGUAAAUCAGUUGUUGUUGUUGUUGUAUGAGCUUGCUAAUUAUGCAUGUGCCCUUAGCUGAUCUCAUCAGUUUUAACAAGGGCAAAGAGCAGCAGACAACACAGAAUCUGUUUUUGUAUUUUUCUGUUGCUCCUGAUAGGUUGGGUCGUUAAGUUGAGCCCCUGAACAUCUCCCUGAAUGAAGGCCAGUUUGAUUUUUCACAAGAAUUUAAUUCAGAUAGAAGAUGCAAAAAGUCCAGAUACUGUAUGUCUGCUAUGACUGUGCCAUGUUGCUGCUGAGUGUCAAGUUUUCAAGUUUUGAAAUAAAGAAUGUACAUUCCCAUAAACUGGA